UGAAAAAACAUUUCUCUAGCUGCUUGCAUAUGCAAUUUUGAUACUAACUGCUCUUUAAAUGACAAGUGCUUAAGGAUUAGAGCCUGAUCCACCAGAAUCAAUGGAAAUUUCUUCAUUGAUGUCAGCGGGAGGUGGAAUUACUUUCUCAGGGAACAAUCCAGAACCAUUAAAAUUGAUGGUAGUUUUUUGCCACUGACUUUUAAAGGAUGUGGAUUGUAUUAAUCUCACCUCUUCCAACAAUAAAUGCUUUGUGGACUCAUAAUAAACAAUAUGAAUUUUUUUUUAAAGUGGCAGUGGGAGAAUAUUUGCAAUUUGGAAAUAAAUGCCAUUUUAGUCAUGGGACUUACUCCCAGGAUAGUGUUUAUCCAUUUUAAUAUAGGCCCUACUUUACUGCAUUUACCAAACAUCAGGUUGUGUGUUCUGACUCAAUACACAGAAUUAUAUAUAAACAUAUAACCUACAGCCAAAUUAUGGGAAUGAGCACUGGAGGAUAUUUUUGACCUCUAUGUAGAACCAGACUGUCAGAACAUUUUAAUCGCUUUUGGGGGAUGGCAAAAAAGUUGAAGGUUACAAAUGGCACUUUUCAGAGAGAAGGCAGGCAGUUUUUGUUUGGCAGCUCGGGGCACUUAACCAUGCCUCAGAGGAAGCCUGAAGUGGGCCAAGGGCGUGAUCGUGGGCAUUUUAAAUGGCAGUGAUACAUAUAAAUUGUAUAAAAAUAAAACAUAUAUGAAUAAAAUCUAUAAAUACAAAUAAAGUAUUUUUAUUUAUAAGUAAAAUAUAAAUAUAUUUAAAAAUAAAUAAAAGCUCAGCCUUCUGGCUUCUCCUCGCCGAGAGACCCACUUUCACAAACACUGAGUGACAGCUGGAACUGUUCAAACCCUUGCUGAGAUCUUUCGGCCUCUGGCAGAGCUUGGGAAAAGGAGAGCCCGGCCUGUCUCCGCAGGGAAGGAGGCGCUGCUUUUGGCAAGAGGCGGCGGCCAAGUUCGAGCGGCGCCCUCCUCAACGUCCACCAAGCCCCUCUGCGGGAAAGGGGGGAGAGAACGAGGCGAAACCAGCCGCCUCAGGAACUCGGAGCUCUCCCACCCCGUCCCGGCGAGCGGAUGGCCAGCCAAGGCCUGGCUCUUUCCCCGGGGCCGAGGCGGGCCUGCUUCAUUGUUUCUCACACAAACCCUGGCAAACAGGAAGCCACCUCGGCAAGAGAGCGCAAGAGGGAGGGGGCCACGCAGCCGGUGAGCGACAAGCCCGGUGGCCACUGAGAGCCCAGGCCGCCGCGCGCCGCAGCCAAUGAGCUGGCCGGAGCGCGCGGGAAGGCGGGAGUUCCGGGCGGGCAGGCAGGCUGGCUGGCGGGCGGGAGGAGGUGGCGGUGGUGUCGGCAGGGCCCCUCUCCCGCGGCAAGCCCCACCUUUCGGCUCCCUCGCACCGUCAAUCAAAACAGGGGGGGAAAACCCCGGAGCGGGCUCCGGCCGCCGCCGCCAACCUCACCUCCAACCUCCGCGCGCACCAUAAGCAUGUCCCCAGCGGCGGCGGCCGCCUAGCCCCACUAGCGGCGGCGGCGGCGGCGGCGAGCGGGGCCUGCGCGCGCCAGCGAGAGAGCCUGCCAGCGAGCGAGAGAGAGCGAGCGAGCGCGAGAGCCUCCUUCCUCCCCUCCCUCCCCCCUUCCUCCCCGCCAGCCAGCCAAGUCGGCAGAAGCUCCGGCGGCUGCUCGCUCGCUCCCUCACAGCCAUGACCGCGCCCGAGAAGCCCGUGAAACAAGAGGAAAUGGCGGCCCUGGACGUGGACAGCGGCACCCACGGGGAGUACCUGCAGCACGGCAACGGCGCCUCGGCCGCCGCUCCGGCCGACGCCUCUGACGAGGCCGGCACCCCCCAGGACACCCAGCCGUCGCCGCUGGCCUUGCUGGCGGCUACCUGCAGCAAGAUCGGGCCGCCGUCGCCGGAGGAGGACGAGGACGACGACGAGGGCUCUCCCUCUGCCGGAGCGACAGGAGAUUUGGCCUCUGUACAGUUAGCAGGAACACCAAAUAGAUGGGAAGUGUUGUCUGCUACGCCUACCACCAUCAAAGAUGAAGCUGGCAAUAUAGUACAGAUCCCAGGGGCUGCCACCGUAACUUCGAGUGGGCAAUACGUUCUUCCCCUUCAGAGUCUGCAGAACCAACAGAUAUUUUCUGUUGCACCUGGGUCGGAUUCAUCCAAUGGUACCGUCUCUAAUGUCCAAUAUCAAGUAAUACCCCAGAUUCAGACAGCUGAUGGUCAGCAGGUUCAACUCGGUUUUGCAGCCUCUUCUGACAAUGGUAGUGUAAAUCAAGAAACCGGUCAAAUUCAAAUCAUUCCUGGCUCCAAUCCAACCAUUAUUGCCUCUGGAACAUCUUCUAGUAAUAUUCAGAAUAUUUUAUCACAGACUGGCCAAGUCCAGGGGGUGACAAUUGGAGGUUCAUCAUUUCCAGGGCAAGCACAGGUCGUUGCUAAUGUCCCUCUUGGUCUGCCAGGAAAUAUCGCUUUUGUUCCCAUCAAUAGUGUUGAUCUAGAUUCUCUGGGACUGAGUGGUUCUCAAACCAUGACUGCAGGCAUUAAUGCCGAUGGACACUUGAUAAGUACUGCACAGGCAAUGGAUAGUUCAGACACUUCUGAUAGGACUGCUGAACAGGUUUCACCUGAAAUGACAGAAACCACCACUGAUACAGACUUAUUUGUGCCAACAUCGUCAUCUUCACAACUGCCUGUUACCAUAGACAGUAGUAGUAUAUUGGAACAAAAUGCAAACAGCUUGCCCACCACUAGUGGGCAGGUACACAGUUCUGAUCUUCAGGGAAAUUACAUCCAAGCAUCUGUUUCGGAUGAGGCGCAGGCUCAGAACAUUCAGGUCUCUACAGCACAGCCUAUUGUACAACAUAUACAGCUUCAAGAGUCUCAGCAAACGACCAGUCAAGCCCAAAUUGUACAAGGUAUUGCGCAGCAGACAAUCCAUGGCGUGCAAGCCAGCCAAGGUAUAUCACAGCAGGCGUUGCAGAAUCUUCAACUUCAGUUGAACCCUGGAACAUUUUUAAUCCAGGCACAAACAGUGACCCCUUCUGGGCAGAUAACUUGGCAGACGUUCCAAGUGCAAGGAGUCCAGAACUUGCAGAACUUGCAGCUACAGAAUGCUCCUGGCCAACAGAUAACUUUGACACCUGUGCAGACACUCACUCUUGGUCAAGUUGCAGCAGGUGGGGCUUUGACUUCGACUCCUGUUAGUUUAAGUACUGCUCAGUUGCCAAAUCUACAGACCGUUACAAUAAAUUCCAUAGACUCUGGUGGCAUUCAGCUGCACCCUGGAGAAAACGCAGACAGUCCUGCAGAUAUUAGGAUUAAAGAAGAGGAGCCUGAUCCUGAAGAGUGGCAGCUUGCUGGUGAUUCGACACUGAAUACCAAUGAUCUGACGCAUUUGCGAGUACAGGUGGUAGAUGAAGAAGGGGACCAGCCACACCAAGAAGGGAAAAGAUUGCGAAGAGUUGCUUGCACCUGUCCUAAUUGUAAAGAAGGUGGUGGAAGAGGCACUAAUUUGGGGAAAAAGAAACAGCACAUCUGUCACAUACCAGGUUGUGGAAAAGUGUACGGAAAGACAUCUCACCUGAGAGCUCACCUCCGCUGGCAUUCUGGAGAGCGUCCAUUUAUUUGCACUUGGAUGUUCUGUGGCAAAAGGUUUACCCGCAGUGAUGAAUUACAGCGACACAGGAGAACGCAUACAGGGGAGAAGAAAUUUGUCUGCCCGGAAUGUUCAAAACGCUUCAUGAGAAGUGACCAUCUUGCCAAACACAUUAAAACGCAUCAAAAUAAAAAAGCUAUUCAUGCCAGCAGUACAGUGUUGGCAUCGGUAGAAGCAACACCAGAGGAUACUUUGAUUACUGCAGGUGGAACAACACUUAUCCUUGCUAAUAUUCAACAAGGUUCUGUUUCAGGGAUAGGAACUGUCAAUACAUCUGGCACCAGCAAUCAAGAUAUUCUUACCAACGCUGAAAUACCUUUACAGCUUGUUACUGUUUCUGGAAAUGAGACAAUGGAAUAAAUAUUACACAAGAUACCUAUUAAUUGUGGUUAUUUUUAUACAGUAGUGAGAAAAAUAUUGUUCCUAAGUUCUUAGAUAUCUUUUUAUUGAUGUGCAAAAAUUUUUGGAUUGACAGUAACUUGGUUAUACACGACACUGAAAUGCCUUACUUUGUAUGAUAUUCCAUAGUAUAUUAAAAUGGUAAAAUUGCAUGGGUUUUGUAGGUACUUUUGGAAUCUAGAAGAGAUUAAAUUUUACCAACUUGUAUAAAAAAAUUUAACGAUGGAAAUGGUAGUCUAAUCAAAUGCAUCAAUCCUUUGUGGUUUAGUGUAAAAAUGAGAACAUGUUGGUAUUUAUCUAUUGUAAGAUAAAAGUUGAUUGGUGAAAAGAAAUCAUGUUAUGAUAAGAGAAAUUUUGUAAUUUUCUUGAUGACUGGAAUUUUUAUUAUGCAUAACUGACAAAUCAAGUUUCCAAGCAAAUGUUACAUAGUGUAGGCUUUACUUAGCUCAUCAAGUUGUCAUUUUGAAGCUAAUUAUUUUAAUUAGGUUAACUAUGUACAAUAUUUUAAGCAUUACUCUUGUAAGAUUUUGAAAAUUACAUUUUAACAUGGAACUCUAGGGAUAGUCACCUUUUAAAUCCUGUUGAAAAGCCAUGUUUAAGGUUUAAUUUUGCCAAAAUAAUGUCUUGUUAAUAUACUUUCAAUAACCAAUUUGGGCAAUAUAACCAAUGCUUAAAAAUAUUCAGAGGCUUAGAGAAACAGGUUGCAACAUUUUGGGUGGUGAAACAGAUAUUAAGAAAGAUCCCUUUUCUUGACUAUUGGAGGACCAAAAACCAAGGGAUGUUCAUUUCAGCAAUGGUUUUAUCUAAUCGUCUCCAAAAAUACCUGUCUGUCAGGGCCUUAAAAGCCAUCAUGUAAAUUACCAAUAAAACAUAUGCAAAUGAUGGAAAACCAGUUCCAUAGGGACAGUACUUCAAACCACGUUAAUAUUAGUCAUAGAAAAUUAAGUUUUUCAAGGCUUUCUUCUGUUAUUCUUUUGGUUAGUUGAUCUGCAUUUAAAUGUCCACAUCUUUCCUUUAUGCUUUUCCCCCUUAAAUUGUAUGUAUCCAGUACAUUUAACUGAUAAACAUAUAUGUUUUUUUAUUAAGCUGAAUUCUUUUUUAUUUUUAAUUACCGUUUAUAUUUGCAGUUAUAGAAAAAUGUACAAACUUAAUUUGCAUAGCCGGUCUGUAAGUGCUAUAUCAUUUUACAAAAAAAGUACAAUAAUUACAGCAGUUCACUUAUUUACAAACAUUUGGAAAUCUGUUCAUUUCUUAAAACCACCUCAAAUUUAAAGGCUACCUUAUUGUACGUUUAAAGUGUAUUAUAACAGUGUGGUAGUUAAUAAAACACUAUUUUUUUUCCUUUUGA